AUGGAUCCCUUGUCCAUCGUCACCGCGUCCUUCUCCCUUGCGGGUGCCAUCGCCAAGGCGUCUCUGUCCCUGUCACAGUUUGCCCGCGAUUUCCGUGACUCCGCGGACGAUCUAGAUGCGAUAUCAAAGGAGAUGCAGACCUUGGUGGCCGUGCUUGACCCGGUGACUCGCUCAGUGGCCCGCCGGCGAGAUGGACCUCUUCCUGAAGCCCUCGUCGUGCAGGUCGAUGCCACCAUUACUGGAUGCGUUGUGGUCGUAAAGCAGAUCGAGCAGACGAUACAGAAAUACCGCCACGAUAAGGUCUGGACUUCGGCGAAAUGGGUCAUGUUUGGCAAAGGAGAUAUUACCAAGCUACGCGAAAGCCUCGAGGCCUACACAAUGGCUCUCAGUCUUGGGCUACAUGCUAUAUCUAUAACCACAGAGCAGGAUAUCAAGGAUGACACAGAAGUCAUCAAAUCAGACGUCGAGGCCCUCAAAUUCAACACCGACGAGAUUCUGGCGCGGGUAAAUUCUCUCCGCAACAAGGUGCCGACUUCUGGGAGGCGGACAAGAGUUGCACAGUGGAUUGAGAACAUGACAGUUCUCAGUUCUUAUGCCGAAUCUACAUACAAAGAGACCCUUGUUGACCCUGCCGAGUUUGCUACAGACCAAGGAAGCUUAGUUUUGGCUGCCAUCAAAGAGGUUCCCGAAGUCACUGAGCGUAAGGAAUCUUCAUCUCGACCGCUGCCCACACUCAUCGAGCUCAUCAGGGAAGCUCCACCUCCACAACGGCCCCAAGCCACUGAGCACAAGAAAUCUUCAUUUCAACCUUGGCCCGAAGUCUCUCAACCACUGCAACGACCAUCUGUUCCGGUCAAACUCUCAUGGCGACUCUCGGAAAAUCCAGAUCCGAUUAUUCCUGGUGCUUGGAAUACGCCACAGUCCGGGGCGCGAGUCGUCAAGGAGAUUGCACACAGAGAGUCCAGUCAUUCAACUUCGGACACGAAAUCUCCUUCACCCAACAUGAGCCAUGCCUCGUCCUCGAUGCUAAAAGAAAAACUUCCAGAUACCACCGGCACAGAGGCUUGGGGCCGAUUAUCCUUUAGGGGGAUCGAGGACUUUGCCAAGGAAGUAAAGAAAGUUGCGUUGCUUGUACGCCGCGACGAAGAAUUCAUUGCAGCAUCUUUCGCUCGACGCCAACGAAUGCAUAAUGAAGCUCAGGAGUAUAUAGACUAUCACAUUGACGGCAUAAACCAGGGCACGCCAGGAAAGUUUGUCCGGGAUGCCGUUGCUGAGGGAGCGGACCCAAGCCGUCUUGCCGAUGGUCUUGGUCCUUCUUGGACAUUGAGCCAGGCCCUUCGUACUUCCAACAAUGAGUGUCUCUUUGCACUUCUAAAAUACGGAGCUAAUCCGAAUGCGAAAGUCAUUCGCACUUCCGGUCCGAACCGCGUGGAUAUCACCGCCCUAACUUACGCGGCGUGGGCAGGCAACGAACGCGCAGUCUGGGCAUUAUGCGCCGCUGGGGCAAACAUUAACCCGCCUCAUGAGCAUGUUCAUUGCCCUCGGUGUACCGACGAACGGGGAUACGACAUCCAUGUCUGUUCUACACCUCUCUUGCUCUCUCUUUACCCCCGUGGAAAGGAAAGUGAGAAUGCUGUAUUCGCAAGGAUUUUUCGGUUCCUCCUAGCAAAUGGUGCAGAUCCCAACGAUGCUGGAUGCCACAAAUUCGGUCCUGACCAUCGCCUCGUCCCUCCUUUGUCCGCUGCCCUCGCUCAUGAGAACUUCUGGAAAAAGAAGACGGCGUUUGUUGUUAAGUUGCUCAUCGAGGCUGGAGCAAUUAUACAAUUAAAUCAUCUCCCACCUGGGUCAUAUUGGGACUCCUUAACCAACCUCAUUCCCACUGCUGUCCGGUUGGGAAAUCCCGAAAUAUUGCGCAUGAUUGCCCACGGCAUAAAAGAUGCCAACCCGGCACAGUGGAAGCAUGUGAUAGUCGACAUUCCGAGCGGCAAGGAAUCUGACACGAUAUCGAUCCUCAUGCACAAGCCUUAUUUUCAGGUCGGCUAUUUACACCACGUCGUCCUUACCUAUAUGGAUGUGCAGCGCAUGACAUGGCCCAGAUUCUGUCUACUUACGCGUCUAUUGAUUAAGAACGGGGCCAAUCCAAGGGAGGUGGUCUCGGUCACCUACACGAAACGACAUUUUCUCAAAAAUCGCACAGUAACUGAACAAGUCUCGGCAAUGGAGCUAGCUGAGAGAAUCCACACCAAAAUGCCCCGGCGCGAUGUCAAAGAUUUACUACACGGAUACGAUAGAUUUCCUCCAAGGUCCUCAUCUCCAGACUAA